UAGAAUAUUGGGAUUAAUAUAAGAAAAAAAAUUGAGUGAAUUUAUAAUCUUUGCUAUAGUUAAUCUAUCGCGUAGAGUAAAAUGUAACAUAACCUAUAAACAAAAUGAUUACUCCUUUUGACGACUUUGUAUAUUUAAUUAAUAAUGUACUUUUAGGUGAAGAACCAAGCGUUGAAGAUUUCAUUCUUCUUAUUGGUACUGUAGUUGCAUUUGUCGCAUUUAUCCUGUGGUGUUGUUUCCCUGUUGUCCCAAAAGAUUCCCAGGCACCCAUGCAUUAUGAAGGCAAGGAUUAUCAAAUAAAACAUCCUCAACGGAAGUAUGAGUAUUGCUCAACCUGAAGAUGAGAAUUCCAUUUAUUAAUAAGUACCUACACUGUCUGCUUUUUUGGAAAAUAAUUUAAAUUGUAAAAGUGACCAAAGAUCUCUGUUAUUUAUGGUAUUAUUAAUUUAGUAUAAUUAUAGUCAACUAGUAAUUAAAUAAGUAAUUUAAAACAAUGAAUAAGUCAUCUAGUCAAAUUAAAAUUUAGUUUAUGUAUUAUAACCAUGAAUGUAAUAGUGCCAAAGUAUGUUGUUAAUGGAAAAAAUUGUGGGUAAUAAGAUGGUACUGUACCUUGUUAAUUUUCAUUAUUAUUAAUGAUUAAAGAAGUAAAAACUGUAAA